GAAGAGCAGUGGAAAAGCCGUCAGAAGUCUAAUCCAGUCCGUGAGAUUUCACUCAAUCGAUGAAUCUCUUUCAUUUUCACUGAUACACACCGUUGGUUACUUCAGUGUUACUAAGAGAAAGAAAGCUUGAUCGAAUUCCAAAGAGAUCGUUUCAUCCUAGACUUUGGAACAAUCUACAGAUCUCUAAUGGGGCUCUCAAGUCUUCCUGCACCUUCAGAAGGGGUCCUCUCCAUCCUCGUAGUGAAUGCAGUCUUAUCCAUAACUCUAAUCAAGGAGAUCCUUCGCUCAGUCCUCCAUGUCGUUGGACUCCGGCCAGCCCAUUCACCGGAGUCCAGCGACUUACCGGAUGUUGACCCCUUUCCUCCUCCACAGUCAGAGCUUUUCAGACACAGGAUUCCUGCAAUGCCAUAUUUUACAGUAAGACGGGAUUCGCAGGAAAACGAGUGCCCCGUCUGUUUGUCUCCGUUCGAGCCAAAUGCAAGGGUCAGCCAAUUGGCUUGUGGCCAUGUCUUUCACAAGGCAUGCUUGGACAAGUGGCUUGACUACUGGCACAGUACAUGCCCGUUGUGUAGGUACUAUCUGGGCCAUGGAGACACUGGAAGGGCUUGGUUUUGAGAGGAAAAUAUGAGGUUUGUGUUUUGUACAAAAUAUGGAAGAGAGAGAGACAUGAGGAAUGGGAGAGGUAUUUUUGUUAGUGUAUAGACUAUUGCCUCUUUGAGAGUGUUUUGUGCAGUUGUGUGUUUGAGUGGGUGCUAUGUAUAUACAGUCUUGUGGACAUGGAAUGCACAGGGUAUACAUGUUUAUGGCAAGAAAUUUUCAGGCAUUUUUUCACUGGUUUUGCA